GCUAAUGCUGCUCAACAAGUGGCGUGUGUGAACAGAGCUGUGAGUUGAGGGACCAGCAGCUGUUACUGAGAAGCUUUUCGCGCUCUUUUGACUUUUAUCUCUGUACUUUCAGCGUUCUGAACAUCAUUCAAAGAAAUUGUGAUGAGUGGUUUGAUUCAUCGUAGACUUUUUUUCUGACUCCGUCUUUUUGCAGUUUAAUUUGAUCAACAAUUCCGGCUGUAAACAGACUUCACCUGCGUCGGAUCUGUUUAAUCUGAUUAGGUCUGUUUGGACACUUUUAAUUGGCACCUUCACACCGAGUAAUUGAAACUCAACGUGCGAAACAUGAUGUACAGCAUGAUGGAGCAUGAACUGAAAACUGCAGGUCAACCACAUCUCCACCAGAACAGUCCGGGAAUGUCCUCUCCGGUCAGCGGGGUUGGAAAUGCGCACGGCGGGUCAAAAACGUCUUGUCCGCAGGGCGAAGACCCUAUGGACAAAGUCAAGCGUCCCAUGAAUGCGUUCAUGGUGUGGUCUCGGGGUCAACGAAGAAAGAUGGCUCAGGAGAAUCCCAAAAUGCACAAUUCGGAGAUAAGCAAACGCCUCGGGGCGGAAUGGAAAAGUUUAACGGACGCAGAGAAGCGGCCUUUCAUUGAUGAGGCCAAACGAUUGCGGGCUGUACACAUGAAGGACUACCCCGACUACAAAUAUAAACCCCGGCGCAAGACUAAAUCUCUUUUGAAGAAAGACAAUCACUUAGGUAAAUAUCCUCUUGCUGCCGGCAACCUGUUGGCAUCCGCCGUGGCACAGGGACAAGGAGGAAGCCAGAGAAUGGACAGUUAUGGCUGGGGUCACACAGGUGGUUAUAUGGCCAUGCAGGGUGAGACGCUGGGAUACCCGCAGCAACUGCACCGCUACGACCUGUCAGCUCUUCAGUAUCCCACAGCACAGACGUUCAUGAACGGUGGAAGCCCUUACAGCCAAAUGUCCUAUAGCGGAAGCCCUCAGCAGCUGAGUCCAGUGAUGUCAAUGGUUAAACCAGAACCUCUGUCUCAUUCUCCUACUGGAGCACCAAAUCACCACCACCGUGGGCCUUUCCAAGGGGACCUGAGGGACAUGAUAAGCAUGUAUAUACCAGGUAGUGAUGCCAGCGACGGAUCAACCCAGAGGGCUUACCCUGGUGUCCAGCAGCACUAUCUUGGUGGAACUGUUCCCCUUACUCACAUCUGAGGUUUGGACAAACUCAUAGAAACAGCUGGACCUUUAUGGGACCAAUGAGCCACAAGUAGUCUGUAUGGAUUACUGAUGGAUAAUUAGAACACUUCUGAUUAUUUGCUACCUCCUUGUUUUGAAUGAUCUGAAGUUAUAAGUUGUAAAUUUAUUGCCAGUUUAGCUGUUGGAGUCUCCUGUUAUCAUUGUUUUUGAUGUUGUUCUUAUGUGGACCUAUAACUUCCCAAUUUCUUAUUGUGGGCAUUUCACAAAUCAUCUUUAAUACACACUUUAACCAGAUAUUCUAUCACAGCCAUCCCCUUUGUUAUUAUUCUAAUUUUAAGUUUUACCAGUGUUCUGUUUGAAGCAUUGUUUAUCCUUACAGCAGUGAGCAUCUGUCUUUAAAAAAAUCUCAUUGGGAAACCGAAGAGCGCAGCAUAUUGAGCUUUCUGAAUACAGGUCAGACUCUAAUAACCUUGAGGAGAACUUUUCUAUUGUGAACCCUGAUGCCCGUUUUAUGCGCAGACCUGCUCGGCGAAGGGAGUAGCUGUGUUAUAAAUUAAGUUGACCUUUAAGUGUCUUUAAACUGUAAGGAUGAUAUAUUGUAUAGUGUCAAAGUACUUUGAUAUCUCAGGAUUAUCCUUCUACAAAUGGAGGGGAAAUUACUGUUUAGGUCAGCUGUAAUGUCUGCAAAUUAGACAUUUGUGGAACUGUUGUCCAAAUUUCAAAAGAAAGGAAUUUUGCCUUAACUCGUAGCUACUUAUGUUUUGUCUACUUUUUGAUAAGAGCUUAUUUACCACAACAGAGUAAGCAUGCUUUCUGCUUCCUAAAGUGGUCCACACAAAGAACUGCUUUCAAGACAAGUUUUUUUUUUGCCCAGUUUACAGAAUGCUUUUGUCCUGCUUGGCAUUACCCUGUCGUGGGUCAAACUCAAAUGCACUGAUUCUUGCUGUCAUCAGUAAAUGCACUUCGUUAGGAUGGGAGGUUGUUUACCUCUGGUCUGUCUCACUCUGCUGAAGCACUGCUUCUGCUAACAGUAUGAAUGACCCGCAUGUUCAACGGAGAACACCUGACUGAGUUUUUUUUGAGCAGCAGCAUUUUUUGUACAUUGAUUUCUUGUCUUUCGUGUUUGUUUUAAAAUUGGUUGUUUUAAUGGUGGUAAAAAUACAGUUAGUGUGGCAUAUUGCUGUGGAAGCUGCAGUUAUUCAGUAACUAAUUUCAGGCAAAUGAUAAUUUAAGCUUUUAAUUGAAAAGUUUACAUUGACACGAAAGUGAGUUUGCAGGGUUUUAAGUGGUUUUAAUAUAGGUUGUAAAUCUAUUUUUUUGUACAGUGUAUAGCCUAUUUCUUGGCUCUUAUAAGGGCCAUUUUACAUAAUAAAAUGUGAUAUCAUG